CUUCCAUUAAUAACAUCUCGACUCUCUCACGCUUUCGAGUUGCCUCGUCCCUCUCCUCGCCUUCCUCGAGUCGUCGAGUCGUCUCCCGAUCUCUUGCUUCGAUGUCGGCCCUCCGCAGAAACCUCGCACGGCUAUUCACCUCCCUUCGCCGCCCAUUCCCCGCGGCCACACCCGCUUCCGUCCAGGCCGUUGUUUGCCGACCCUCCUUCUUCCAGCCGGCGCUGCCGCCGGACCGCACCGAGAUGCCCGUCUGGGGCGACCGUCGACUCGCCGAGCGGACCCGCGGGCUGUGCCCGGACAGGAUCAGCCUCGACGAGAAGCGGGUCUCGUUGGAGGAGAUAAGGAAGGUGGUGAGGGCGUCUCAGGUGGCGGCGGCGCGGGAGAGGCUGGGGGCGACCGGCGAGAGCAGCGUGGCGUACCGGGAGUUCGUCCGGAUCUGCUGUGAGGCGUCGAGUAGCGAGCAGGGCUUGGAGAUGGCGCGAUCGCUGGACGAGUCGGGAGUCGUGAUAGUUAUUGGGAACAUCGUCUUUCUAAGGCCCGAAGAGGUGGUGAAGUCAAUCGAGAACAUGAUCCCAUUCUCGUCGAGCAACCAUCACAGCUCGCAGAGAGAAGAACUAAGGAAGAUGGAGGAGGAGAAGGCCGAGAUCGAUCGGAGAGCCGCGUCUCAGGUCAGGAAGGAGUUGUGGUGUGGGAUGGUAUUCGUAGUGGCACAAACAGCCGCAUUGAUGAGGGCGACCUUUUGGGAGUUGUCGUGGGACGUGAUGGAGCCGAUCUGCUUCUAUCUCACCUCCAUCUACUUCAUGGCUGGCUACGCCUUCUUCAUCAGGACGUCGAAGGAGCCCUCCUUCGAGGGCUUCUUCACCAGCCGCUUUGCCACCAAGCAGAAGCGCCUGAUGAAGGCACGGAACUUUGAUCUCACUCGCUUCAACGAGCUCAGCCAAGCUUGUCUGCGCUCGCCGCCACUGUCGGAGUUCACAUCUCCUUCGAGAGCACAUCAUUCGGUGGGUCGUCGCAGUGACUCGUAGAUGAUAUGGAGGAUUAUUUAAGCUUGUCGUUAUCUCUCACAUUUUUUUUUCCAGCCUAAAAGCCUAUAAGAAAAAUGUACAACGAUUAUACUGUGAUAACAAUGAUUGAGGUCUUGUGAUUUUGAGUGUAUGAAUCUUUUCUU